CACUUGCCAGUAGCCUGGUUCCUGUGCGCAUUCGAGUUGCCGCCGCUUACCACAGCACCUGUAGACAGUGUGUGCCCCAACUGUUCUGAGUACCCAAGAAGGGCCAUGAUUAUUCCGGCUGGAAUCCCCGAGCCCAACUUGCUGCGGGUUUUGUUCCUGGGACUGAGUACCCUCGCUUCCUUCUCGCUGGCUCAGCCAGAGCUGCACGUGCCCGCCGGCCUCAACAAAUUGGAGGCAGUAGAGGGAGAGGAAGUGGUGCUCCCCGUCUGGUACACGAUGACGCCAGAGCAGUCUUCGUCCCACCCUUGGGAGGAGCCCCUCCUGUUUUGGUACUUGGAACAAGAAGGGAAGGAACUAAACCAGGUGUUGUCCUAUUUCAAUGGGGCUGUGUCCAAUAAACCUCGAGUAUCCCUUGUCCAUUCUAUCACCACGCGGAAUGUGUCCCUGAGGCUGGAGGCCCUCCAGGAGGAAGACUCUGGAACCUACCGCUGUUCUAUCAAUGUGCAAGAUGGUGGAAGCACAGCCAUGGGUCACAGCAGCAAAAGCAUAGAGCUCAAAGUGCUGGUUCCUCCAGCUCCUCCAUCCUGUAGUUUCCAGGGUGCACCCUAUGUGGGGACCAAUGUGACCCUGAACUGCAAGUCCCCAAGGAGUAAGCCUACUGCACAAUAUCAGUGGGAGAAGCUGGCCCCAUCCGCCCAGGUCUUCUUUGGACCAACCUUAGAUGCCGUCCGUGGAUCCUUAAAGCUCACCAACAUUUCCACUUCCAUGUCUGGAGUCUAUGUCUGCAAGGCCCAAAACAGAGUGGGCUUUUCCAAGUGCAACGUGACCCUGGAAGUGAUGACAGGGUCUAAGGCUGCUGUGGUUGUUGGAGCUGUUGUGGGCACUCUUGUUGGGUUGGUGCUGCUGGCUGGACUGGUCUUGUUGUACCAACGCCGGACCAAGACCCUGGAGGAGCUGGCCAAUGACAUCAAGGAAGAUGCCAUUGCUCCUCGGACCUUGCCUUGGACCAAAGGCUCAGACACCAUCUCCAAGAACGGAACACUUUCCUCCGUCUCCUCAGCACGGGCUCUCCGGCCACCCAAGACUGCUGCUCCUCCAAGACCCGGCACAUUUACCCCCACACCUAGCAUCUCUAGCCAGGCCCUAUCCUCACCAAGACUGCCCAGGACAGAUGGACCCCCGCCUCAGGCAGUAUCCCUGAGCCCAGGUGGGGUUUCUUCUUCUGCCCUGAGCCGCAUGGGUGCCGUACCUGUCAUGGUGCCUGCUCAGAGUCAGGCUGGGUCUCUCGUGUGAUGGUCCAGGCACCCAUUGACUACAUCUGGCAUCUCACCUUCCUGUGACACAGAGGACUGAAUCUUGGGGGGACAACCACACUCUCGACCUCCAGUCCUCUGCCCCUACCUCCCUUUUAUUGUUGGAAAACUGGGCGUCAGUAAGAUCAAAGUCUGGGUCAAAUGAGAAACAAAGGAAAUGGGCCCGAGGUGGGGGGUGGGCUCCACCUCUUCCCUGCGAAGCCAGAUGAAUGUUGCUGAGACUGGCCACCCUCCAAGGGCCCUGGAGGAGACUGCCGGUCAGUGAGGCCCCUGGCUCUGUGGUCUGUAAAGACACCCUGUCGAAUGCUGUCCUUUGCUUCCCUCUCCAGCUCCCUGUAUUAAUAUAACCUGUCCUGCUGGCUUGGCUGGGUUUUGUUGGAGCAGGGGGUAGGGAAGACGUUUUAAAAACUAACUUGAAAUCAGUGUUUUUGUUUUUAUUUUGCAAAUUUCAAUAAAGAUACUUGGCGUUUUCAUGGACUAGUAAUCAAGUCACUUUUGCUAACUAGG